GACAAAAUUAUUCUUAUUUUUCGCAGCGAAAACCGCUUGCGAGUGAUUUUUCCACAUUUUCAGUGCAAUUUUCAUGAAAAGUCGGUAAUAUCGGUUUAGUUUUGAUACGCAGUUCAAUGCAGUAGACUGUGAAAGUUGAAAAUUUGUUGAAAGGCAGAAAGAAUUCGCCAUGGUGUUCGUAACAUUUGAGAACGAAAAGAACCUCCCGUUGAACGAGCUGCUGCUAUCGUUUGACGAAGACGGAGUGAAGCGGAAGCUUCCCGCUUUGCACGAGAAAUGGAAGGAAUCGCGCUGCUUCACCCGGUACGCAGCCUUCCCGAUGCGAAACGGGUUGGUUGAGGAAGGUGCUCCUUUGGAUCAAUGGGUCAGCGAAACCGAGUGGUUCGUCAAGGAUAUGGAGUGGCUGCUCGGGCUGGAACAUUUCCGAUUCUGGUCCACCCUAAUUCACAACCCGGGUGCCGUCGAGGCCGUCAUCUCGUUCACGCAAAAUGCCGUUCCGUACUACCUGAUCGGGGUGGUCCGCUCGUCAGCCAAGGUGUUCCCUCUGUAUUCGGCCGCGCAUCGUUGCACCCUGCAGGUCAUCUGCCGGAUGAUAACCCAACGGGAGUCGGAUCGCUGCUGGAUCGGACGGGAGUUUCUGGGAGAGCUUCUGUACAAGCACUUCCUCGUGUCGAUUCCGCUGAUCUUCGAUCUGCUGCCGAUCUACGGUCGCGACAAUAAGGCCGUGCUCGGGUUGAUGCUGCAGACCAUCUUCAAGCUGCAGCCGAAGUUCCAGCAAGACCUGCGGGUUGGGCUGCAGUAUUUGCAGAGUACAUUCAAAAUCAUCCAGCAGCGUAUCGAAACGGAUCGUAUCGAUGGCAACGCAACCACCUCCAGCACCCUCAACGAUUUGGCCAUCUACGUCCUGGACUGCUGCAGCUCUCUCUCCCUGCUGGUCGAAGUCUAUCCCGAAGUUCGCGCAACCUGCACCGACCUUGGCCUCGAGCAAUCCAUCUCCAACUUCUACGACAACACCCUGGUCCUGCUGUACAAGAACAUCUUCGCCAUGGACAACGAUUCGCCGUACCUCGUCCACUUGAAUGCGGCCCGCAUGGAACUGCUGGCCGCGUUCCGUGCCAUUGUCAACCUUCAGCUGGAAACUAUCCUCGAGAAGCCGGAGGCGAGCCUUCUGCCGGCCGACAAGUUCCUCUGCAUACUGACCGAGUGCCUGUCGGAUCCGGUUUUUGUGCGCGACUAUCAACGACACUAUCCGGUGGAACGGGACCUGGAUAUCCUCAAGCAGGCCUGUCAGGGCGUGGACAGCUUCAAACUGGACUUCGUUCAGAAUGCCUACUGCAGUGGGGAGAACGGGAUGACCAAUGGUCAUGACGGUAGUGGUGAAUUCCCCGAGGAGGACGAGAGUUUCGGAGAAGCGGUCGGAGGAGUCGCGGAAGAAGUGGAACCGGGUCCCAGCGGAACAUCCGCCAAACUGGAACUGACCCCGGAGCAGCAAAUCGAAGCCAACGUUCGGAAGGUCCUGGAUAUUCUACCGGAUCUGGGCGAUGGCUACGUGCGGAAGAUCCUGGCUCGAUACGAGGAUGUGGAACAGGCAAUCGCCGCCGUGUUGGAGGGGAAUCUUCCACCGGAUUUGGCCGAAGCAGAUCCCACUGAGCCGUACAUUCCGCCGGAUAAGUUGGACAACUUCUAUCUGGAGACGGGCAUCGAGCGGUUGAACAUCUACGAUGGGGACGAGUUCGACGUGCUGGUUCACGACAAGAUCAAGGGCGUGAUGAAGAAGGGCAAGGGAAUGCCCGGUCAGCCGAAGAACUUGAAGGAGCUGCUGGACGACAAGAGUCACGUGAAGGAGAUGAAGGAUCGCUAUCAGGAGUAUUCGAAUGUGUGCGAUGAGUACGAUGACGAGUACGACGAUAGCUACGAUGCGAUGGCUGAUAGCGAAUCGAAGACGAUUCGACUGUCGGCGCAGAUGAGAAACGCACUGGUGGACGAGCUGGAUGAUGACGAAGACGAGGAAGAGGACGAGGCGGUGCAGCGAGGAGGACCGGCGGUCAGUGGAGGUGGGAAGAAGCCGCUUGAUUUCUGCGAAAAUCCGGAGGUGCUUCGUCAGCGUGCAGAGGAGAGGUGGCGAAGUAAGCAUCAGGCUAGGGGAGGCGGUGGCGGCGGCGGUCAACCUAGCGGUCAAAACAGGGAUGUUGUGGGUAAGGCCAAGGGACAGGGUCAGGAGAAGGAUGUGCUGAUAAAUCGCAAGCAUAAGAACGAGAACAAGUCCAGUCGGGCCAACCACAACAGGAAGCAGGGAGCGACGUUCAAGAGGAACAAAGGAAUGAUCCCGAGCUAAGGCGGUUGCGGGUUGGAGGAUUGCUAAGAUAAGUAUCAUGAAUACAUGAAUGUGGGUAUUUAUCAUAA